UAGGCAACACAGGUACCAGAACUGUAAUAAGUUAUAUAUCGCUUUCUAGAAACGGGUCAGAAAUCUCCAAGAGUAGUAGAUUAUUCAGACAUUACUGAAUUAGCAGAUGAAGUCGAAGAAGAGAUUAAGUCAACUUUGUUUGGUAAUAAGGUAACAGAAUUAGAUAAUAAUGAAGAUUAUGAUGCUGAUGAAGAAGACAAUCUUUUUUUAAAAGACAAUCAACAAAGUGAUAAAGAACUUAUGCCUCCACCUCCAAUUCCUCCUCCAUGGACACCUACGUCUAGUGGGUUGUCUAGCUUGCCUACUAACAUCAGUACUAUUGUGUCAGGAACCACUGAAAGUGAUUCAUCAACAUAUAGUCCUGAAAAGAAACAAAAAAAGUUGGAUACACCAUUAGCAGCAAUGUUACCUUCAAAGUAUGCAGAUCUUGAUGUCACAGAACUUUUCCCUGAAUUUCGCCCAGGCAAGGUUCUCUGUUUUUCACGAUUGUUUGGUCCUGGGAAACCUUCAAGCUUACCUCAAAUCUGGAGAGGUGUUAAAAGUAGAAAGAAGAAGAAACAACAGAGUGAAGGGGAACAAUAUCGACAAGUGAAACCAAGCAAAGGCCUUGAGUUGGCAUGUGGUUCUCCACCUUCUGCUGAUAUGGUGGAAAGUGACGAUGAGCUAAGAUUGAUACAGCCAGAGGAACAGAAGGGCUUGUCCAGUAAAGGUGAAUCUCAUAAGCCAACAGAUAUGACACCUGGUGUUGCUGACUGGAGGUAUGGACCUGCACAGCUGUGGUAUGAUAUGUUGAAUGUUCCCGAAACAGGAGAAGAAUUUGACUAUGGAUUCAGAAUGAAAGAGAGUGAAGAAGAAGAAGAUCAAGAACAGGCAUCAAAUAACCUCCAGAACAAAGAUGGAGAAGUCUAUCCUUCUGAUGCCUACCUAAUGGUUACACAGCUGCAGUGGGAAGAUGAUGUUAUCUGGAACGUUAAUGGAGAAGAUAUGAAGCAGAAGGUUAUGGCCAAAAUUAAUAGUAAAAAUAAUGCAGCAGGAUGGGUCCCAUCAAACUCCAACAGGACAGCUUCAGCAUUUAGCCAACAGACCAAGAAUGUGACAAGUUCUGCUGGUAGUGGUACAACCCAGAAACAAGGAUCUCAAUCAAGUUCUAAAAGUUCAAUCAAAGGAAAUCAACAAAACUUCAAUAAAGUAGAUGGAUCUGAAGAGAGGGAAGAUACUGGUUACUCAAUAUUUCCCGUAGAGAAUGAAGAGUUAGUAUAUGGUAGUUGGGAAGAUGAUGUGAUCUGGGAUGCACAGGCAGUGGACAAAAUUCCAGAACCAAAAAUAUUAACUCUUGAUCCAAAUGAUGAAAACAUAAUUCUUGGAAUCCCAGAUGAUCCUGACCCAAGUGAUGCAACAACUUCAGAGCCAGUUAAGGAAAAAAAGGACAUGGUGAGGAAGUCAAGAAUCCUUCUUGGUAAAGCUGGUGUAAUUGCAGAACCUGAACCUCCGAGUCCUCCGCCACCUCAAAAUGUUGAGAAAGAUCCGUUUAAUAUCUCUAAUGACCAGUACUACAACCCUAAGAUGACUCAAGACAGUGCACUGAAGCCAAAUGUUGGAGGAAAUCUUAUACAGCAUGCUAUACCAGCUGUUGAACUACGUGCUCCAUUCUUUCCAACUCAUAUGGGACCUCUGAGGUUACGUAGCUUCCACAGACCACCAUUGAAAAGAUACUCUCAUGGACCAUUAUCUCAGCCUGGACCUCACGGUGUAAUACCUUUACUGAAACACAUCAAGCGGAAAGCAAAGUUGUGUGAACAAGAGCGACAGGCAUCAGGUGGAGGACAAAUGUUCUUUAUGAGAACUCCUGAAGACCUGACUGGACGUGAUGGAGAACUUAUCUUAGCUGAAUAUUCUGAAGAACAUGCACCACUCAUAAUGCAAGUUGGAAUGGCUACAAAAAUAAAGAACUAUUACAAAAGAAAACCGGGAAAAGAUAGUGGAGCUCCUGAUUUCAAGUAUGGUGAAACAGCAUAUGCAUAUACAUCUCCCUUUCUGGGUAGUCUUACUCCUGGUCAGGCUAUGCAAGCAUUUGAAAACAAUCUAUUUCGUUCUCCUAUUUAUCAACACGAAUUACCAGAUACAGACUUUUUGAUCAUCAGAACUCGACAACACUACUAUAUUCGUGAAGUGGAGACAAUCUACACUGUUGGACAAGAGCUUCCACUAUUUGAAGUACCAGGACCUAAUUCAAAAAAAGCCAACAACUUUAUAAGAGAUUUUCUGCAGGUAUUUAUAUAUAGACUUUUUUGGAAAAGCAAAGACAGUCCACGACGUAUCAAAAUGGAAGAUAUUAAAAAAGCUUUUCCUUCUCAUUCUGAAAGUAGUAUACGUAAACGUCUGAAAUUGUGUGCAGAUUUCAAAAGAACAGGAAUGGAUUCCAAUUGGUGGGUAUUGAAGCCUGACUUUAGAUUGCCUACUGAAGAAGAGAUAAGAGCCAUGGUUAUUCCAGAACAGUGUUGUGCAUAUUAUAGUAUGCUAGCUGCAGAACAGAGAUUAAAAGAUGCAGGGUAUGGAGAAAAAUCAUUGUUUGCACCAGAAGAUGAAAAUGAUGAAGAAAUGCAAAUGAAAAUGGAUGAUGAGGUGAAAGCUGCCCCUUGGAAUAGUACCCGAGCCUUUAUAUCUGCUAUGAAAGGGAAGUGUUUGCUACAACUUACAGGUGUUGCAGAUCCAACAGGAUGUGGUGAAGGAUUUUCAUAUGUUAGAGUACCAAACAAACCUCAGCAGUCAAAGGAUGAUGGGUCCAGCCAGACACCAGCUAAAAAGACUGUAACUGGAACAGAUGCUGAUCUAAGAAGGUUGUCACUGAGUAAUGCCAAGCAAUUGUUGAGGAAAUUUGGAGUUCCAGAAGAAGAGAUACGCAAACUUUCUCGGUGGGAGGUUAUAGAUGUUGUUCGAACUCUUUCUACAGAGCAAGCUAAGGCUGGGGAAGAAGCAAUGAGUAAAUUUGCACGAGGAAAUCGUUUUAGUAUCGCUGAACACCAAGAGAGAUAUAAAGAAGAAUGCCAAAGGAUAUUUGAUUUACAAAAUAGAGUGUUAUCAUCAACCGAAGUUCUGUCCAGUGAUGAAGCUUCCAGUACAGAUGAUGAUUCUGACAUUGAAGAAAUGGGCAAAAACAUAGAGAACAUGCUGUCUAACAAGAAGACAUCAUCACAACUGUCACAUGAACGAGAAGAGGCAGAAAGAAGAGAGCUACAGAAACUCAUUAUGGGGGAAGACAGUAGUGCAGCUGAAGACAGGAAGAGGAAAGACAAACAAUCCAGAGAUGAUGAUAAUGUGUCCAUGACAAGCUUUGGUUCUAAUGCUCAGUCAGGGCGAAUUCUAAGAAUUUAUAGAACUUUCAAGUCACCUGAAGGAAAGGAAUAUAUUCGUUGUGAAACAGUUAGGAAACCUGCUGUAAUAGAUACAUAUGUUCGCAUACGCACAACAAAGGACCCUAACUUUAUUAAGCAGUUUGCCUCAACAUUAGAUGAACAUCAGAAAGAAGAAAUAAGAAAAGAAAGACGAAGGAUUCAGGAGCAGCUACGUCGGUUAAAAAGAAAUGCUGAGAAAGAAAAACAAGCUCCUCCAAAGAAAAAGCCAAAGAAAGAACAACCAACAUUAAAAUUGAAAUGUGGAGCAUGUGGAGCUAUAGGUCACAUGCGAACUAACAAAGCCUGCCCAUUAUACCAGCCUGCACCUCCUGUGCCACCAGUUCAGGUUGCUAUGACAGAAGAGCAAGAAGAAGAGGAAGAGAGAUGUGGAUUAGAGGAUGAUGAUUUGGUGAAAGUCGAUGAAACUAAGGUUGUUCUUUCCAAAAAGGUUGUAAAACGAGCUGAUGAACUUCGUCGAAAAUCCUUGGUGUUAAAGUUUCCAAAAGAGGCAGUUGCAAUGAAAAAGAAACGUCGUCCUGUACAGGAACUACAUUGUGAUUACUUAAAAAAACCUAACAAGUCUGCUAAUCGUCAAAGGACAGACCCAGUAGUUACACUUUCCAUCAUCAUAGAAAAUAUUCUUAAUGAAAUGAGAGACCUUCCUGAUACUCAGCCCUUCUGGCUGCCUGUUAGUGCCAAAGUUGUACCAGACUAUCAUAAGAUUGUAAUAAAACCAAUGGACCUACAGACCAUUAGAGAAAAGAUACACCAGAGAAAGUACCAGAGUAGAGAAGACUUUCUUCAAGAUGUUAACCAGAUUGUGGAAAACAGUAGCUUAUACAAUGGUACUAAAAGUAUUUUGACCCAGAAUGCUCAAAAAAUGCUGGAACUGUGUCUGAAACGGUUUGCAGAGAAAGAAGAAAAGCUAAUGCGUUUAGAAAAAGCUAUAAAUCCACUUUUAGAUGACAAUGAUCAAGUAGCCUUUUCUUUCAUUCUGGAAACUAUUGUCAACGAACGACUGAAGACAAUUCCGGAAUCUUGGCCUUUCCAUAAACCAGUUAACAAGAAGUUUGUCAAAGAUUACUACAAUGUUAUUAAGAAUCCCAUCGACUUAGACUCGAUUAUAAAGAAUACUAAGUCUCAUAAAUAUCACAAUCGAGAGGACUUCUUUUGUGAUGUUGAGUUGAUACAUAAAAAUAGCGUUUUAUUCAAUGGCCAGGAGAGCCAGUUCACCAAGAAAGCUAAAGAAAUAGUUGAUACUUGUAGGAUUGCAUUAGAUGAGUAUGAUGAGCAACUUACAACAUUGGAAAGUGCAAUUAAAGCAGCAAUGGAGGCAGCUCUAGAUGCAGUAGAGACAGACUCAGCCAUGACAGGGAACUCUUUUCCUCAAGAUGAAAGUUUGAUUGGUGAUGAAAGUUCCAGCAAAGAACCCAAUGACUCUUUCCAAACUCGAGAGGGAGAAGACUUGGAUUUCAUUGAUGUUGAAGGGGAUUUUGAGGAUGAAAAUAUGGCAAACUUGCAGAAUGAUGAUGAAGGUAGUGUUUUAGCUAAAGAUCUGCAAAUAACACCUGAAAACAGUGAGAAUGAAGUAAGUGACACAGAAUUUACUAAGAAAGAUGAUUUUGAGGAUGAAGACGUACCCAAUGAAACAUACCAAGACUUCACUGAAUUUGUUAAGAAGGAAGAUGAGCCUGGUAUGAAUUACCAAGACUCUGUACAGGGAGAUCAUGAAGUGAUUGAUGAAAAUUAUGAUCCAUCAGAAUUCUUACUUCAAGGGCAGUAUGGAUUUCAGUCAAACCAAGCAAUGAAAGAAGAAGAACACAUACAGUCCCAGGCCGGCAUGUCUCCACAGUCAGGUGGUUCUGACUCUGAUCAAGUUGAUAAACAAGAAGAAGAGGAUGAUGAUGAUGGGGGAUUGUGGUUUUGAAUGUCAUGUUUUAUUUCAACAUUUUCAUAACAUAAGAUUGAUCAUCAGAUAUUGUGUUUUAAUGAGUUAGUUUUGUCUUCUAAAUGUUGUAUAUAAUAUAUUCACCAGUAGUACAAGAAUAAACAAGAUAUGAAAUGAAA